AUGCAGAUUUCUUAGAUAAGAGCGGAAGUCGACGAAAAUAGCAUCGUGAUACCUCUUUGUUGCCUUUUACCUUACUCUCAGCCUGCUUUCAGCUAAAUAGAAAUCAGAAGGGACCUUGUGGCAGUGUUUGCUUCACGUUCGAUACGUGGGAAGGUUCUAAGGCUUCUUCAAAAAAGCGUUGAAAUACAAUAGCAACUUUCUACCAUCAUCAAUCGGCAAGACGGGAAGUCAAUCCAAUAGAAGCGACUUUCCUCGAGUACUAUUUACAUCUGAUACUAUUGAUCUACAAAGACUGUUCGCCACGAGAGAGAAUUUCUGUCUUUAGGAAAUAUGCAGAGGCGAGAUGAGACUCAAGACUUGCCGUCAAUGGAAGCGGAAAGCAUGAACUCACAAAUGUCUUGCACUUCAUCUGAAUUCAGUGAUCGAGGUAACAGCUUUAAUGGCUUUGAUCAGUAUUCGCAUCACGUAAUCAAUGCCAACAAGUCUGAUAUGCUUAAUCAAGAACUGGAAUUAAACAGCUAUCAAAAGAGAUUAGAGACCUUUCUACGAUGGCCAUCCAGCAGCCCUGUAAAUCCCGCCGAUUUGGCCGCAGCUGGGUUCUACAGUCUUAAUUUAGACGAUCGAGUUGCGUGUUUCAGGUGCAAUUUGCACUUACGGCAGUGGAACGUAGGAGAUGAUCCGUGGAUGGAACACAAACGAAUUCGACCUGCUUGUCCUUUUAUCAUGGAACACGAAAAUGCGAACGGUUACGUAGUGACCUGUAACCCUGUAGAAGCUUCAAUUGGUGUUCAAGAGCCAGGCCAUCCUCCGUUUCCAACAGCAACGCACGUAAGAUAUGGAGGUCGCGUGUACCUUACGGAAAGAGAUCCCCCAGUAAAUCGUGAAAGGUUGAUAUAUCCAGAAAGGCCACAGUAUAUUACCUACGGGGGUAUGUAUGAUACUCACGAGCAGCAUUACCCCACGGAUACUCGAACCGGUUUCCCGCAGGGUUAUUACGAUCCCGGAAGAAGACCACAAGAGUUUCUCGGAAAAGAUCCUACACCUGUUGACUUUCAACGCCGCCCAGAACACGAGUUAAACGGAACAGAAAGAAAUCGGCAUGUUGUGGUGAGACAGGGAGCCAACCAGAUUCACAUAGUUGGAUCGGCAGUCCAUCAGCUUAACCCAGAGGACAAACUUAACAUACAAAGUGGAGGGCAUGGCUUCCCCCCGCAAAUUAGGACUGAGAGAGAUUUAAGACAAGUAUACCCAGGGCUUCAACAAUCAGGCCGAGUGCCACCCCCAACGGAGACAAGCUUCACAGGUUCGCAUCCUUUUUCCAGAGACCCUUACCGGUACAUUUCAGAGGAUCAGAGAUCAGGCAUGAACCAGUUUGAACAAUCCAUCAAAUCUCAUCCACCGAGCCAUGCUGGCACGUUUCCAGGUUAUCAGCGUUCAGAAAGUGUAACGAAUGAAAGUACGGCGAUGUUCCAUAAAGGAAGCGCAAGUGAAAAGUAUAUGGUGCAACUGGAAUGGGAAGGCGACAAAAUGGAAUAUGGCAGGGAUCCUUCGCGCGAUACAAGAGCACCAAAACAGCUGUACAUGCCAGAGAGGAAGGUAUCAAACGAGGGCGAACCUCAUCCUCAUACUGGAAGCAAAUCCGAUAAGGAUGUUGUCGAGACUAGACCUACUCAACCACCUCAAGAUAGAAAUAGUUGGCAGCCGGUUCGCAAUGCCUCUGGCCCAAGAAGGCAAUCCCAAGGGUAUCAUCCAGCUUUUCCAGUCAAAGACCCAAGCCUCCAGACUGAACAGCGGCCGUUGGUAAGACAGGAAGAUGCUCGACAUGUUGCGUCACCAUCUGACUUACCCAACGAGCAUCAUCGUCUAACGACAUUUGUGGAUUGGCCGCAUGAUCACCAUAUUCGUCCGUGGGAUCUUUCGGCUGCCGGGUUCUAUUACUUGGGUACUGGCGAUUCCGUCAAGUGCUAUAAAUGCGGUAUCAUGCUGCACAACUGGGAACCCAGUGACACUCCUUGGGGGGAGCAUCAGAAGUGGUCUACGCAGUGUCCUUUAGUACUAGAGCACUUUAGAGGACGUCCUCAUGUACCUACUCCAAGCACGCCAGCCGAACAUGCCGUACAGCGUGUUUCUCCGGUGCAAAAUGAACUUCAGGGUUGGCGUCCUGUAAAGAGUCUGAGCGGACAAGAUGUACACUCGCCGAUAAGAGGUGGCAACACCCCGCCUCUUCCCGGAACUUGGAGCACCUCUGAGCAAUACCCAGCACGCACCAUGCCUAGUUCAGCCAAUGGGUGGAAUCCUUCAACGGAACAGCAUUAUACACAGUGGCAAACUCAACCAUUCACAGCUUCAUCGCAUGAAAGUCAUGUAGCCAGCGAGAGUCAGACCCGGCUAACUGGAGGAUCAAGUUCAAGCACACCAAACGAAACAAAGCAGGAACCACGGUCUUGUUCUCCUAGAGGUAGCACUGCCAUGGAACUUGACAUGGAGAAAUUGGGAGAGAUGGGUUUCACCCAACACGACAUACAAGAGGCAGUUGCCGCUAAACUUGAAUCCACAGGAUCCAAUUUCAACACGUUUCCUGAGCUCGUCUCAGCUCUACUAGAGAGGCAGCACACAGGAGUACCCACCUUUGGAUCCUGUGCGCAGCCCACGCCACAAGAAGGUGAAGAGCGGCCUCCUCGUCCCCAUCUCGACAUUCCCGAGAGAGAACCCAGCCCUCGAGAGGAUGAAGGUCUCCGAGAGAGAAACUGUUUGAGUGCUGUUACGUCUCCCACUACUCCAGUCCCUCGCAGGGACAGUCUACGAAGAACCCUUAGUGCGCCUGCAUCAAGAUCAUCGGAAACCGAAGAGUCCCUUGAGGAGAAACUGGAGCGAAUGCAAGAAGAGCGCACGUGCAAGAUCUGCAUGGACGCUGAAGUGGGAAUGGUUUUCUUGCCCUGCGGCCAUUUGAGCUGCUGUCCUGAUUGUGCACGUGGCAUGGACGUCUGUCCUAUGUGCCGUAGACCGAUACAAGAAAGGAUUCGUACGUAUCUAUCUUAAAACGGCUGUUUUCGUAGACGGUCGAUCUCACCGAGGCUCGUACACCUUUUAAACUUUGAGAUAGAGACAGUUCGGAAGAGCUUUUCUUUUACGUCGUUGUAGAUUCUAAGGAGGAACUUUCUUAGCCACUUAUAUCCAAGUCUAAAGCUUACUCGCGUGAACACAGUGUGGUACAAUAUUGUUUCUCUUUAGGUUAGCUGUGCAGCUUGCAACAACUAAAAGUUGCCCCCGUGUGCAAUAACUCUUGUCACAGCAAAUUCUCGUCGUCAUAUCAGUAGCUUAGCCCUAACUUUUACAGUCGAUUCUUUCACAGGAAAUAUUUACUUGUUCAGUUAUUCAUACUAGUGAAACAGCAUUUUAUUGCAUGGGGUCCUUCUGAUGUGAGAGGGACUGGAAAGCAAACCAUACUGCAUGCAAUCUAGUGUCCAACGCAGCCGUUGUUUAGUCCUCUCCCGAAGAGGAAGUAGAGAGCGCGUAACGCCACGAAACCAAAUAAGGGCUGCGAAUAAGAAUUCAAAUGACGUCGCGAAACCAAAUAUGGGCUGCAAAUGAGAAUUCAAAUGUGUGUUUUGACCCAUAGUUGCUGUGUAGGAAUGCACUAUGCUUGAAAACUAGCAGCAGUUUCAUUUUUUUAUAAAUUGGUCAAAUUUUGUUUAAUACGUUGACCAAUCAUGAGGGGCAGUGUAGACUGUAGUACGCACUUAUUUAUGUUGUUUCAGUAGAACGGCAACUCUUGCUUUUGAGUGUUUGAAAAUAGAGAGCUAAAACAACCGUG